CGGCGGCGAGCGCCCAGGCGUCUCCCCGCUGUCGCCCGUAGGGUCCCGUCCCGGCAUGGGGGAGGUGAGCGACACCGACAGUGGGAUCAUGCUGCAUUCGGGCCCCGACAGCCCCGUGUCGCCCCUGAAGGCGCGGGCGCAGGCAGGGCGCAGGCAGCAGCAGGCGUUGGAGGCCCGGCUGGAGGGCUGCGUGCAGGAGCUGCAGCGGCUCUGCCUGCGCGAGGCGGAGCUGACGGGGACGCUGCCCCGCGAGUACCCCCUGAAAGCUGGCGAGAAGCCCCCCAAGGUCCGGCGCAGGAUCGGUGCUGCCUUCAAGCUGGAUGAGACCCUCGUCCUGCGCGGGGCGGACCCACUGAGCGCCCUGGAGCGGGACCUGGCGCUGCAGCUGCAGAUCGCCAAGGCCGCCCGGCGCCUCUGCCGCGAGGAGAACAUCAGCAAGCGGCUCCGCAAGCGGCGGCAGACGGCGGCUCUGCUGGAGGAGCAGAAGCUGAAGGACCUGGAGAACGUCCUCAACCAGCGCCGGCUCCUGGCUGGCCACCGGCCGCUGCCCGCCGGCGGUGGAACCGGUGCUGCCGAGGAGCUCAGCGCCUCUGACGAGAGCUCCCUGUCGGACGCCGUCCUGCUGGAGGAGGAGGAGACGCAGCUGCUGGGACCUGCCUCCCCGCGGGGGUCCCCGUCCCCCAAGGAGCCCACUGAGGAGGAGGGGUUGGGGUCCCCGCCAGCCCCUCCCAGCCCCUGGCGGGAGACCAGCCUCGACAGACCCUACGAGAAGACCAAAAAACCCAGCGUCGACCCCCGGGAUGGGGAAACCCGGGGCUCCCGGUGCUACCCCGGGGCCCCGCCGGCCACCCCCGCUGCGCCUGGCAGCCCCGACCCCGCGGCCUCGCCGGCGGCCAGGGCAGGGGACGUCCCUCCCUACCGCUUCGUCCCCAUCAGGACCCUGGUGCUGUGCCGGCAGACAGGCUCCAGCGCUCCCAGCACCCCGGAGCCAUCGGGCCGGCGGGGACAGUCCCAGUCCCUGAGGGUGGAGGCGUGCUGGCAGCCCGGCGAGCCGCGGGGCCGCAGUGCCGUACCCCGCCGGCGCCCCACGUACUACACGGUGACGGUGCCCACCUCCUGCAUCCCGGCCCCCGGCCCCGCUUGCCGCUCCGGCUCCGACGACAGCAUCUCCGACCUCUCCAGCAUCUCCCACGCCACCUCCCCGGGCAGCAGCAGCCCCGACGUCUCCUUCCCACGCCCCCCGGUCCAGCAGCCCCUCGUCGAACCCAGUUAUUACCCCCGGGGUGCUCACCGGUUCCUGCCACCCGCCGGCCCCCCGGCUUUCCUCUACGAGCAGGAUCUGGCCCCGUUACGCUACCAACGCCUGGUGCCCUCGCACAGCCGCAUCGUGCGCACCCCCUCGCUCAAGGACUACGCGCCAGCGGGGGGCCGGGGGCUCUCCAAGGCGGCCGUGACCGAGGAGCUCAAGUCGUGGCACCAGCGCGCCCGCCUGCGGGGUGCCCGUCCCCACUCCCUCGACCGACAAGGGGCCUUUCAGGGACCCCAUGGUGGGACCACCAGGGACGUGCCCGUCACCCGUGGAGUCCUGCCGCGGGCUCAGGCGCCCCCAAUCCACGUCCUGCGGCGCUCCCCGGACGGCGUGCCCGUGCAGGUCUACGUGCCUGAGAACGGCGAGAUCGUCACACAAGUGUAAGCGUGGACACCCCCCCCCCCCCCCCCAACCUCCCCAAGCCCCCCUCCACCAACCCCCGGGGGGGGGGGGCCACAGCCUGGCUGGCCCAGGGACAGUGGAGACAAGGGUGCCUCACCUCCCCACCCCAGCGUGGCGACACGGGUGGGAGGUGCAGCCCCCCCCUCAAGCACCCCUGGGGUGCGUGGGGAUGGGAUGGCGUGGCUGGGGCUGGCCCCCCCACCCCCCCACCCCACCCCGUGUCCCCUCACUGUCACCGUGACCCCGACACUGAUGAUGACACCGCGAUCCUCGAUUCGGGUCUCUAAUAAACAUAGUUGUUGGGGU